AUGUCUCUCUUCUCCCGUCACCAAGGCGGCAUGGACAUGAGCUCCCCGUCCAGCUCCGGGUCCUCGCACGACAUGGGCUCCGGGUCCUCCAACAUGAUGGCCAUGGUUUUCCAGACCAACACGGCGACGCCUCUGUACGCCGACUCGUGGACGCCGCAGAGCGCGGGCGUCUACGCCGGGACGUGCAUCUUCCUCGUCGUGCUCGCCAUCAUCGGCCGCCUCCUCCUCGCCGCGAGGAGCAUCCAGGAAGCCCGCUGGCUCGACAAGGACAUGAAGCGCCGCUACGUCGCCGCCCACGGCAAGGCCUCGCUGUCGGACCGCAUAUCGAGCGACUCGCUCGCCAAGCCCAUGACGCUGACGGCCAACGGCGUCGAGGAGAGCGUCGUCGUCGUCGCCCGUGCCGGCUGCGAGACGAGGCCGUGGCGCUUCAGCGUCGAUCCCCUGCGCGCCGUCAUGGACACUCUUAUCGUCGGCGUCGGCUACCUCCUCAUGCUGGCCGUCAUGACCAUGAACGUCGGCUACUUCAUGUCCGUCCUGGCCGGCGUCUUUGUCGGCAGCCUCGCUGUCGGCCGCUACAGCGCCGCCGGAGAGCACUAG